AAUGCUUCAAUCCAAGUGCCCUUGGGAGAAAGAUCUUGGCCACCUGCUGCUGGUUAUUCUUUUGUUUGUUGGUUUCAGUUCCGAAACUUAUACAAAUCACAGGCAAAGGAGAAUGAUGCUACAAAAGCUGGAUACAUUAAGGGGCAAGGCAUAGGUGGGCAGCAUCAUGGCCCACAUGCCCUGAGGAUAUUUUCUGUUGGAGCAGUAGACAGUUCAAGCACUUUCUAUGCAGAACUUCGUCUUCAGGAGGAUGGCAUUCUCACGCUUGCAACUAGCAAUUCUUCCUCUUUGUCAUUUUCAGGGUUAGAAAUGGAGGAAGGGAGGUGGCAUCACCUUGCUGUUGUGCAUAGCAAACCAAAUGCUCUGGCUGGCCUCUUCCAGUCUAGCUUUGCUUAUGUGUACCUCAAUGGAAAGUUAAGACACACAGGAAGAUUAGGGUAUUCUCCUUCUCCAGCUGGCAAGUCUUUGCAGGUGAUUGUUGGUACCCCAGUUGCUUGUGCACGGAUUAGUGACUUAUCAUGGAAGCUUAGAUCUUGCUAUCUUUUUGAAGAAGUCCUUUCCCCUGGUUCAAUCUGCUUUAUGUAUAUUCUUGGACGAGGGUAUAGGGGCCUCUUCCAGGACACAGAUUUGCUGCAAUUUGUUCCUAAUCAGGCCUGUGGUGGUGGCAGCAUGGCAAUUUUAGAUUCUUUGGAUGCAGAUUUGCCCCUGGCUUCCAACAUUGCUUUACUGGGCUUUCUUGAGCAUCUGGUUUCAAUGCAUUGGUAUAGGAAUCAUAAUCUGACAAUUCUGCGCAGAAUUAACCUUGUUCAACAUUUACUUGUAACUUUACAAAGAGGUGAUGUGGAAGUACCUGUAUUAGAAAAAUUAGUUGUAUUGUUAGGUGUAAUAUUGGAAGAUGGAUUCUUACCUUCUGAAUUGGAGCAAGUGGUUAGAUUUGUUAUCAUGACAUUUGAUCCACCAGAGUUAACAUCACGACAUCAAAUUAUGAGAGAGUCUAUGGGGAAGCAUGUUAUUGUAAGGAACAUGUUGCUUGAAAUGCUGAUUGAUCUGCAAGUGACGAUAAAAUCAGAGGAUUUGCUUGAGCAGUGGCACAAAAUUGUUUCAUCCAAAUUAAUAACUUAUUUUCUUGAUGAAGCUGUACAUCCUACAAGCAUGAGGUGGGUCAUGACUCUUCUUGGCGUGUGCCUUGCGUCUUCUCCAACAUUUGCACUUAAAUUUCGCUCAAGUGGAGGCUAUCAAGGUUUGGCAAGAGUGCUUCCAAGUUUCUAUGAUUCCCCUGAUAUAUACUAUAUUCUCUUUUGUCUUCUUUUUGGCAAGCCUGUAUACCCUAGACUGCCUGAAGUUCGGAUGCUAGAUUUUCAUGCCCUGAUGCCAAGUGAUGGCAUCUAUGGAGAUUUGAAAUUUACCGAGCUGUUGGAGUCUGUGAUUGCUAUGGCGAAGUCAACUUUUGAUAGGUUGUCUAUGCAUUCAAUGCUUGCCCAUCAAACUGGUAAUCUUUCCCAGAUCAGUGCUGGAGUUGUAGCAGAGCUGGCAGAAGACAAUACAGACAUAGCUGGAGAACUGCAAGGUGAAGCUCUUAUGCACAAAACUUAUGCUGCACGGCUUAUGGGGGGCGAGGCUUCGGCACCUGCUGCUGCUACUGCUGUCCUUAGAUUCAUGGUUGAUCUUGCAAAAAUGUGUCUUCCUUUCUCAGCUGUUUGCCGAAAAGCAGAAUUUCUUGAAAGUUGCAUUGACCUUUAUUUUUCUUGUGUCAGGGCUGCACAAGCUCUGAAAAUGGCUAAAAAGCUAUCUGUGACUGUGGAAGAGAAGAACGUAAAUGAUGGUGAUGAAACUUGCAGCUCCCAUAAUACUUUCUCUAGUUUGCCUCAUGAACAAGAUCAGUCAGUCAAGACCUCUAUAAGUAUGGGAAGCUUUCCUCAGGCACAGACUAGUACAAGUUCUGAAGAUAUGCCAGUGCUGCCGAACAAUGUAGGUACAGCAGAUAUUGAUGUUACUUCAUCCCAGCCAGAUUUUAACAAAGCAGUUCAGGAAGAAGCACAAGCUGUUGCAACAAUAGACAAUGAUGUCGUUGACCAUGUUUCUGCUGUAACAUCCAGCAGCAACGACUUCCGUGAUAUGAAAAGCACAGUGGAUCCUGUCCAGCAAACUGAUUCGCAGAGUUCAGCUUCCUUUAAUAUGUUUGAAUCUCCUAUAUUGUCGGAGAGAUCCUACUCCAGAACUCCGCAUACCUCUUCCACAUCCCCAGUAGUAGCAUUGACAUCUUGGUUGGGAGGUCCUGUUCACAGUGAAUCAAAAGUCCACCUAGCAUCAACACCCUUGAUGGAGUCUGCUUCAUCUAUCAGUGAAUUGGAUUCCUCUCCUGAGAUGAAAUCCACUUCUCAAGGACAAUCUGCUGCAAACACAAUGUUUACGAUUGGUUCAAAUUUGCUUCUUGAAGUGGAUGACUGUGGGUAUGGUGGAGGUCCAUGCUCCGCUGGAGCUACAGCUGUUCUUGAUUUUAUGGCGGAAGUUCUGUCUGGUUUGGUAACUGAACAAAUGAAGGCGGUACCUGUCAUCGAGGGUAUUUUGGAGAGUGCUCCUUUGUAUGUUGAUGCUGAAUCUGUUUUGGUAUUUCAGGGACUGUGCCUCAGUAGACUAAUGAAUUUCCUUGAAAGGCGUCUUUUGCGGGAUGAUGAGGAAGAUGAGAAAAGGUUGGAUAAGGGCCGUUGGUCCCUUAACUUGGAUGCAUUAUGCUGGCUGAUAGUGGAUAGAGUUUAUAUGGGUGCUUUUCCUCGGCCUGCUGGUGUACUGAAGACUCUGGAGUUUCUGUUAUCUAUGCUGCAGUUGGCAAAUAAGGAUGGACGUGUUGAAGAAGCUGCUCCAACUGGAAAAGGGAUCCUAUCCAUUGGUAGAGGAAGUAAGCAACUCGAUGCUUAUGUACAUGCGAUUCUGAAGAACACCAACAGAAUGAUUUUAUUCUCUUUCCUCCCAAUGUUCUUGAUAACCAUCGGAGAAGAUGAACUACUUUCUUCUUUAGGUUUACAAGUGGAGCCAAAGAAAAGAGUGUCCUUGAACCCAUCCUCGGAGGAUAGUGGAAUUGAUGUUUGCACUGUGUUACAGUUGCUAGUUGCUAAUAGAAGGAUAAUAUUUUGUCCCAGCAACAUUGACACUGAUCUAAAUUGCUGUCUUUGCAUAAAUCUAAUUUCUCUUCUUCGCGAUCAUAGGCGUCAUGCUCAGAACAUGGCUAUUGAUAUUCUCAAGUAUCUCCUAGUACACCGAAGGGCUGCACUUGAAGACUUUCUUGUCUCUAAACCAAAUCAAGGACCCCCUUUGGAUGUUCUUCAUGGUGGUUUUGACAAGCUCUUAACUGGAAACUUACCUGCAUUUUUUGAGUGGCUUCAUAGUUCUGAACAUGAGGUUAAUAAAGUGUUGGAACAGUGUGCUGCCAUUAUGUGGGUUCAAUAUAUUACUGGGUCAGCUAAGUUUCCUGGGGUGAGGAUUAAAGGCAUGGAUGGUCGACGUAAGAGAGAAAUGGGUAGGAAACUAAAGGAGAUCUCAAAGUUAGAUGCAAGACAUUGGGAGCAAAUAAAUGAACGAAGAAUUGCUCUUGAGUUGGUUCGUGAUGCAGUGGCUACUGAACUAAGAGUUAUUCGCCAGGAUAAGUAUGGGUGGGUACUUCAUGCAGAGAGCGAGUGGCAGACUCAUCUCCAACAACUUGUCCAUGAGCGAGGAAUUUUCCCAUUGUCUAAGUCCUCUCAGAGUGAAGAACCUGAGUGGCAGCUUUGCCCCAUUGAAGGUCCAUAUAGGAUGCGGAAGAAGCUUGAGCGGUGCAAAUUAACCAUUGACACUAUACAAAAUGUUCUGACUGGGCACUUUGAGUUAGGAAGACUAGAAUAUUCAAAGGAGAGGACUGAGAAUGAAACUAAUGUCUCUGAUGCUGAGUCUGAUAUUUUUUUCAAUCUCAUGAAUGAUAAUCCACAACAGGACUCUUUCAGUAGUGAACUUUAUGAUGGAUCAACUUUCAAAGAGUCGGAUGAUGUCAGAGAUGUAGCUUCUAGUAGAACUGGAUGGAAUGAUGACCAUGAUAGUAGCAUUAAUGAAACAAGUCUCAGCUCUGCUCUUGAACUUGGCCCCAAGUCCAGUAGUGUUUCCAUUCAAAAAGCUGAAAGUGUUCAACGGAAGUCUGAUCUUGGAUCUCCCAGGCAAUCUUCUUCUCUAAUAGCUGAUGAAACACGAACGGUGGAGGACAAACCGGAGAAGGAACUAAGUGAUAAUGGUGAAUACUUGAUUAGACCAUAUUUGGAACCUUCUGAGAGAAUAAGGUACAAAUAUAACUGCGAGAGAGUGGUUGGUCUUGAUAAACAUGAUGGCAUAUUUCUGAUUGGAGAAUUAUCAUUGUACAUCAUUGAGAAUUUUUACAUUGAUGACUCUGGGUGCAUAUGUGAAAAAGAAUGUGAAGAUGAUCUAUCUGUCAUUGAUCAGGCUUUGGGUGUAAAAAAGGACCUCUCUUGUAGCAUGGACUCCCACUCAAAGUCAAGUUCCUCCUGGGCUGCAACAACAAAGGCCUAUGUUGGGGGACGGGCAUGGGCAUAUAAUGGUGGUGCAUGGGGAAAGGAAAAGCUCUUCACUAGUGGUAAUGUGCCCCAUCUUUGGCAUAUGUGGAAGCUUGACAGUGUUCAUGAGAUUUUGAAGCGUGAUUAUCAACUUCGCCCUGUUGCGAUUGAGAUUUUUAGCAUGGAUGGCUGCAAUGAUCUUCUGGUUUUCCACAAGAAGGAGAGAGAAGAGGUUUUCAAGAAUUUGGUGGCCAUGAAUCUUCCCAGAAACUCCAUGUUGGACACGACAAUAUCCGGGUCGGUAAAAGCAGAUAGCAAUGAAGGAAGCCGCCUUUUCAAGGUUAUGGCAAACUCAUUUUCUAAGAGAUGGCAAAAUGGUGAAAUUAGCAAUUUCCAGUACCUCAUGCACCUCAACACGCUCGCAGGACGUGGAUACAGUGAUCUCACCCAGUAUCCUGUGUUCCCCUGGAUUUUAGCAGAUUAUGAGAGUGAGAAUCUGAACUUCUCUGAUCCUCGAACUUUCCGAAGGCUUGAUAAACCAAUGGGCUGUCAAACAACGGAGGGUGAGGAGGAGUUCAGAAAAAGAUAUGAGAGCUGGGAUGAUCCCGAGGUUCCCAAAUUCCAUUAUGGUUCUCACUAUUCUAGUGCUGGAAUUGUCCUCUUCUACCUCAUACGUCUUCCCCCUUGCAUACGUCUUCCACCUUUUAGUGCUGAGAAUCAGAAGCUGCAGGGUGGUCAAUUUGAUCAUGCUGAUCGUCUUUUCAAUAGUAUAAAGGACACAUGGUUGAGUGCUGCAGGGAAAGGCAAUACUUCAGAUGUUAAAGAAUUAAUUCCAGAGUUCUUUUACAUGCCCGAGUUCCUGGAGAAUAUGUUCAAUCUUGACCUGGGUGAGAAACAGUCAGGAGAGAAGGUUGGCGAUGUUGUAUUGCCUCCAUGGGCUAAAGGCAGUGUUAGAGAGUUUAUUAAAAAGCAUAGAGAAGCACUGGAGUCUGAUUAUGUUUCAGAGAAUCUGCAUCACUGGAUAGACCUGAUCUUUGGUCACAAACAGAGGGGGAAAGCAGCUGAAGAAGCAGUUAAUGUGUUCUAUCACUACACGUAUGAAGGCAGUGUUGACAUCGACUCUGUUAGUGAUCCAGCAAUGAAAGCCUCGAUUCUUGCUCAAAUUAAUCACUUUGGGCAAACACCAAAACAAUUAUUCCUCAAGCCCCAUGUGAAGAGGCGAACUAAUCGGAAGCUUCCUCCUCACCCAUUGAAGCACUCUCAGCAUCUUGUCCCACACGAGAUACGUAAAACCUCAUCUUCUAUAUCUCAGAUUGUCACUUCCGGUGACAAAAUUCUUGUGGCAGGGGCAAACACCUUGCUGAAGCCUAGAACAUUCACUAAAUAUGUUGCCUGGGGUUAUCCUGACCGCAGUUUGAGAUUUAUGAGCUAUGAUCAAGAUAGGCUUCUCUCCACUCAUGAGAAUCUUCAUGGAGGGAACCAGAUACAGUGUGCCAGUGCUAGUCACGACGGUCAUAUUCUAGUUACAGGGGCUGAUGAGGGAUUGGUUUGUGUUUGGAGGAUCGGUAAGGAGGCACCCCGUUCUGUAAGGCGCUUGCAGUUGGAGAAGGCUCUCUGUGCUCAUACUGGCAAAAUCACAUGCCUACAAGUUAGCCAGCCAUACAUGAUGAUUGUGAGUGGAUCGGACGACUGCACUGUUAUCUUGUGGGAUUUGAGCUCCAUGGUUUUUGUGAGGCAGCUUCCUGAGUUACCCGCUCCUGUUUCAGCAAUUUAUGUAAAUGACCUGACUGGGGAAAUUAUUACUGCUGCCGGUGUAAUGCUUGCUGUUUGGAGCAUCAAUGGGGAGUGCCUUGCUGUCAUCAACACAUCGCAGCUUCCAUCAGACUUUAUCCUUUCACUUGCUGGUUGCACAUUCUCUGAUUGGCUGGAAACUAAGUGGUAUAUCUCAGGCCACCAGAGUGGAGCCAUUAAAAUUUGGAAAAUGGUACAUUGCUCUUGUGAGGAGAGUGCCCAAAGUAAAUCAAGUGGCAAUCCUACUGGAGGGUUAGGACUCGGGGAUAGAGUACCAGAGUAUAGGUUGAUCCUUCACAAGGUACUAAAGUUUCACAAGCAUCCUGUAACUUCCCUCCACCUUACUAGUGAUCUGAAACAGUUGUUGAGCGGAGAUUCUGGGGGACAUUUGCUUUCAUGGACAGUCUCUGAAGAGAGCUUGAAAACCGCAAUUAGUCGGGGGUGAUUGUGGGAUUAGCAAGGUGUGUUUUGUAUUCAAAAAAUAUACAUGGCUUCUUAGGGGCAAUUAAAGAAUGGCCUGAAAGGUUUCACUCCGCUCGGACAGAAGCAUGGAUUCGUUAUUCCACGUUGCACAAUAACCGCUGAUAAUAUUGCUGGCUUGGAACAGAUCCAAGGAAACAGGAGAUCUGUAUAUUGGCACUUCCUGGAAGACAUGAAGCAUAUGAUCUUUCGUGUGCAAGUGCCUAGUGGCUCCAGAUGUAGGACUCGGGAACGAGUUGGUCGCAUAUGUUGUUGUUAGUCAAUGUAGAGAGCUUUGUGGGAUGGGAGACUGGCAGGUCUCCUCAAGCUGUACAUAGGACGGUAAUUGACAGUGUAUAAUGAGGUUGUAAAUGGCCAAGUUUUUGCCAGGAACAGCAUGUUGGCUGAAAUUUGAUCCAGCUAACUUUAGGGGCAUAUGAGUGAACAGAUGUAGCAGUUCGUUUUGGCUUCACUUCAUUAAAAUGAUUUUGCAAGGGGAAGUUGCAGGCCUGUUUUUGCUUUGUAAAAAAUUCUCCCAAGUUAUUUAUAAAAAUUGAAUGGGGGUCAUAUGCUCCUUGGUUUUCCUGUAA